UUUAUGCCACUUCUUAAGCAUUUAGAUUGUUUUUUUCUGGGGAUAAUUUUGAAAGCAAAAGCACUAGAAGGAUGAGAAGACCUAGUCUGUCAGCAGGAUGUCAUUCAUGAAAUAUUUCUAUUAUACUUAAAUCCGGCAAUGUUUCCCAGAUGCCGGUUGCGCAACACCUUGUGUGUCUCCACAGUCGCACAGGCACAUUUUGACAUGUUUAUUCCUCUCCAGUAGCCUGACUGAGCUGCUCUCUGACGUCUCAUAUGUUGGCUGCCUCUCAGAUAUGUGCUUCUGAGUUUCACAGCUCAGAUAUCUCAGCAGUUGAAAAGGAGGGAACGGCGCACCAGACAUGAAAGACGGGAAAGAAACUUUUCCCAAGUGGAAAACCUGGCUGGUGGGUACGUGUGUAGCGCUGCUGCUGCUUCUAGCCUCUGCAGGUCUAGUUUUCCUCUGGGUUCAGCAGCAGGAGCUGGCAGAGGAGCUGGGCAGGCUGGACUCCCAGAUGCAGGAGCUGGCACAGCACUGCAGGCUGGCAGCAGGACGGCUGCCAGAGGAAAGUGGAAAGGCUGGAGAUGUGAGAAAGCUCCGGCGCACCAGACGGAACCAGGGGGGACAAUGGACUCAGAGAAAGGACCAGGACAAGCUGAUGCUGAUGACGCACACUCUGCUUCCUGUCAAAGCCUACCUUGAUCUGUGCAACAGCUCCACAGGAGUUUGUUUGAUAGGUCCACCUGGUCCCAGAGGUGUGCGUGGCAGGCCUGGCCCCCCAGGACCACCAGGUGCACCAGGCCCAGAGGGAAGACGAGGACGCAGAGGUCAGGAUCCUUUUCGGUGUCUCAGCCAAUGAAAAAUGUCCAGAGUCUUUAACAGUAGCUCAAAACAGAUGAAGAAAUCCAGACACAGAAGCUGUUUCCAUGUUUUAAACAGUCUGUCAUUGUUUGGCUGGGAUUGCACAACACGGUCAUAACACUCACUGCCUGCGGGACAUUUAGUCUGCAGCCGCUGCAGACGUGUUUACUGCACUGAGGUGUCUGUGAUUCCUACAGCUGAUUAACGGGAAUUAUUUAACUUCAACAUAAACUAGAAAAGCCUCGUGCUAACAGCGCUGUUUCUUCUUCAUCCAGGAUAAACUCUUUUGUGUUGAACAUCAAAAGAAAGUUGUCGUGUUCAGUCAUGUUUCAUGUGACUCAGAGGGAGAACCAAUUAACUCUGGUUCAUCCUGUUUUCUUAAGGCUUAGUCUUUGGUUACGGCAGCUUUUGAUUGUUAUAAUCCUUCCUGUUAUUAACGGUAGCAAAUGUCAGUAAGUUCCACAAUCUAAUGAUGUUGUUGG